AUGACCGGUCCUUUGGAGGCGGAAGGACCGUCAGGACCGGCCGUAUCGGCGAUCAGUUCCAUCGACGGACCCAAGCCGGCUGAGCAGCCCGCAGCAAAGCAGUCCGCCGCGCGCAAGGGCCCUAAGAGACGCACCAAGACCGGUUGCCUAACUUGUCGAAGACGCCGAAUCAAGUGUGGGGAAGAGAAACCCACGUGCAGCAAUUGCGUGAAGUCCAAGCGCAUUUGUGAAGGCUAUGCUCGGCGGGUGAUCUUCAAGAAUCCGCUGGGGCUUGUGGGAUCCUAUGGUACCAUCUCCGCGCAUGGUCAAUUGCAGCAGCAACAGCAGCCGCAACCGCAACAAGGAUCAGUGCCUGUGUACAAUCACUGGACGGCAUCAUUCGCGCAAGCGCAACAUGUCGAGGCGGCGCCGGGACAGCACCCGAUGCUGGCUCCACGACCCGUCGAUCCGGCAGCAUUGGAGCAUCACAUAGCACCAAUAUAUGAAGCCACUCCUCCGAUAGGACAAACACACGCUCCCUCUGCACCUUCAUUCUACUAUCCGGCUUCUGCACGACAGGUACACGGUCAAGAAUGGCCGGCCCAGAAUGCACAGAGCUCAGCGCACCAACCUCAAUCAACAAUCCCUCAACCAUCAACACUGCCACAUCAGGGACUGGUAGCUAGCAACAUGAUCGGGGAAGCCGAUCGCUCCCUACCAGCUCAGUCACUUCAAUUCGGUGACUCCACGGCCGAUGCUGACAGGCGCAUACCGCAAGCACCCCAGGCGAUCGUUUACUGGACUAACGAACAACUCAGCCAGGACAUCGGCUUUGGCACAGUCAAACCAGCUCAGUGGCAGACAGAAAUGCCAACAGGAUUGAAAGCCCCUUCGAUUUCUCAGCCUGACAACUCGCUAGCAGCUGGGUAUCAGUUUCCAGCACAAGAUAAGCUGGGUCGCUGGCAGAGCGAUGCUCCUCAGCACCCCGAGCAGCUAGAUCAGCGACAACUCGUGUAUGUCGACGAUGAGAAUAACGACUACUACGACGUGGAUUCCGACGAUGAGAUGGCGGGGCCAAGCCAGUUGGAAGGUUUCAACCAAUUGAGUCUCAUCAUGGCAUCUGCGAACCAUGACGAAAGUCGCUUCCGAUCAUUCACAGCUCAUUUGAAUGAGCCGAACAUCCUUGCCUCUUACACGCCCAGUCUCGGAUCCAGCCCUCUUAACAAUCCCACAACAGCCCGCAUCUUCGCCCACUUCAUCCAUUCAACUGGGCCGUCAUUGUCAAUCUUCGAACGGCAUCCGACAGAUUCUUCCAUCUCUUUAGGCGCGGUCCUACCUGCUCAACAGGGCCUUUGGACAUAUACGCUACCUCUCAAAGCAUUGGAGAAUCCGGCGUUACUCCAGGCUAUCCUUGCUAUCAGCAGUCUUCACAUUGCAUACCUACAAGGAACGUCUACGACAGUGUCACUCAGGCACUACCAUUACGCGCUUAAAAAGAUCGGCCAGGCUGUGAGUUUACCUCUUCCCCGUAGGGAGAUUGGGACGCUGGCUGCCACAGAGCUUCUGGCAUAUUACGAAGUCAUUUCCGCCGAUCACUCCAAAUGGAACAGUCACGUAGCUGGAGCCGCUCAACUGAUCAAGGAAGUGGACUUUGCCGGUACGACCCGGGAUCUUCGCACUUAUCGACGAGUGAUCAGUGCGCAGAGAGACCAGCUGGGAUGGUCGAACUCGUCGAUUUACGAUCACGGCUUUGGUUCCGAAUCAAGUGAACAUGAUCCCUUCGCAGAAAAAGAGACGAGCGUGAACGAACACCUCAUCGGGUCAAUUCUGGGGCGAGCAGUCAACUUUGAUGACUUUGGACGCGUGGACAUUGGCCAACCACGUUUAUUUAAAAAGAAUUUCACCCGCAAGGAGAUUGAAAAUUUCCGGAUCCAGUGCGAUCUCUACUGGUGGUUCACGAAACAGGAUGUCUUUCAUAGCUUCAUCAGUGGAGAGAAACUCUUUAUGCCCUACUCUAUGCAGUGUCAAUGUCCUCCGCGAGCAGGUGUUGGGCGCAUUGACGCCAUAUACGGAUCUGCGGAUCACCUUUGGUUGUUGCUUGCACGUGUGUCGGACUUUGGAUACCGCGAUCGUAAACGCAAGAUUCGAGCUCUCCGCGCGGCUGGAACGGAAUGGAGGCCAUCGCCGGGCAUGUUCAAGUUCAUGGGUCGCUUUUCGAGCAAGAGAGAUCCCAAUGCCAGGAGAGACUCACCAGGAACAGCACCUGCGAGAACACCUCCGCCUAGCGGCCCUCCAUCUGGACCUUCAGGAUCUCAUGGUUCACGCCCCAGCCCUUCUGACUCUGAUUCAACUCCCAUGUACGGCAUGGUCCCACCACAUGGGCCAGCACGGCUACCAUCAGGAUUCGCUGAUGGCCCUCGCGACCGUCAGCCGUCGUUCCAGGAAGAAGAACGUAGCGAGGGUGUCACUUAUGCAGAGGCUGAACAAGAAUGGGAGGAAAUUUUCGCGGCUAUGGAUACCCUUGCUAAAGAAUUUGGAAGAAAUUUUGAACCUCUUCCUGCCGAUGUCACGCAAUCCAUUCCUACGCCAUUCGGCCCUGCGCUGCAAUAUCGUACUCACACUAUUGCAGUCAUCUGGGGCUUCUAUUACGCAGCCCGCAUCCUACUUUACCGACUACACCCGUCUAUGCCACCAGCUAUGAUGAUGGCGGCUGGGGUGGCUGCGGCGACCACUGCCGAAUAUGCCCAGAUCAUCGGGCGAAUCACUGGGGGCAUAUACUAUCCUCAGCGAUUCAAUCUGCAGGCUGGUAGCCUCAGUCCAACUCUUGGAUCCUCGCUUACCGAAAUGACGGUCCCUAUCUUCUUUGCCGGAGUACAGUACAUGGAUCCAGCGCAGCGCGGCUGGACCGUCGCCAAACUACGGGACAUUUCUCGACUUACAGGCUGGAAGACCUCAGAAGCCAUUGCCAGUGGAUGUGAGAAGGCUUGGAUCGUGGCCGCCAAACAUGGCCGUGGGCCUCCUUAUGAACGAACCUCCGAGGUUGAUCAGACCCGAGGACCCCCUGCUCUUGAUCUUCUCGAACGUGAUGGUGGGCAGAGCAAUGACGAGCGACGGUUUGUCACAGUCGACACCCAUGAUCGCGCCCAUUAUGCCAUGGGUCUUCUCAGUUUGGAUGCAGACAUGCAGUCCUUGGAGUUGUAG